AUGGCUUUGCAGACAUUCGAGGCUCAAGCAUUUGAUGAAGCAACUAUUAAAUACCGCGAGAGCACAGUAAUCGAGACUAGCAUACAAUAUAUAACUAAUUUAAAACCAACAACAGAUCAUAAUCAUGCGAUUAAAGUUUACAUUUAUGACAAAACAACAUUUGUGAUUACAUUGAUUCUUAUAGUCAUUAUCAUCGGACUUAUUCUAUUAGCAAUAGCGUUAUUUGCAUGUUAUUUUCUAUUAAAUCGUUGCCAUCAGCGAUUAUAUAAUCAAACAGAUCGAUGUUAUUCAUCGCUGUGUUUAUCAGACGAUGAAGAAGAAGCAAACGAAAAAUUGACAGAUGUUAUUUACUCUAAAGAUUGUUCAACACCAAUAAGCAUACGAAAGUGUAACAGUCAACAAAUAGAAAAUGAAAAAUAUAAAACAACAAAUAUUGAUUGUAAUUGUAUUUGUACAAUACACAAUAAGAAAGAUAAAUCUGGUAAAUUAUUAACAUCUCAUUGUCAUCAAGAAACGAAUAAACAUUUUAAAAUGCCAAUAAGAAAUAACAAUAAAAAUGAAUUAAUUUCAUCGAUUUAUUCAUCGGAUCAAACAAUGACAGAUGUCAUUCAUAAUUCAAGUGACUAUACUUGCAAGGAGACAAAUCCCAUACAAUAUCAUCAUCAUUCAACAAAUCAAAAUAGUUUGGUAAAUUUUAAAACAAAUAUUGCAACAACAAACUCUUUUAUACCUUAUCCAAAUACGUCAGAAGAUAGUCUUGAAAAUACUUAUAAUUAA